CUAACCCUUCUUUCCUGUUUGGCAUGCUGUACUAACUGUUCUUUCCUGUUUGGCAUGCUGUACUAACCCUUUUUUCCUGUUGGUAGAAAACAAUUAAGGCAUCUGUUAGGCUAUAGUUAUAUUCAAGAAUCACUGCAUAUACUUGAAAUAAACAAUAGCCUUAGAAAUAACAUGGAUUCGCAUGUACCUCUGCCUCCUUCAGUCUCCUCCAGGAUGAAAACAUUUUCAGGGAUGAAGAUGUCAUCCUGAAAACAAACAUGUUUUGUUAAGACAACUGAACCCAAAUAUAUUAGUUGGCAUUAACAAGCUUCCUGUCUUGUAUGCUUUGUCAACACACAGAGCAAAUACAGGGACAUUUAUUUUUCAGCAACCAUUAACUAUGUCAACUUCAGUCUAGCUAAAUGAGGUGGAGAUAACAAAUCUGUCAACAAAAUGUAUUACAGUACUUGACUGAGGUGGAAGCUAGCUACAGUAACUACCUAAUAACGGGUACACGGAGAAACUGUGUUGCAGUUGAGUAGCUUGCUAACGUUGUUUGCUGGGGGGGUGUUACACAAAACACUUCCGAUGCAGUUAGCUAGUUACCUUCAACUAGAAUUGCAACAAUGUUGUCCAGUGUUUAACGCUAGCCUAGUCAACAACAGUCAUGACCGGUUAACGUUACCUCAGGCUCCAUUGCAUUGACUCGCGGAACCUCCGUUCAAUUGCUUCAGCGAUGUUGAUGAUGGUCGGUCGGUAACCCCUACAACAUAACCCUCAAUUUUAAAUGGAGGCGCAAGCAGAGGGCUUCAACAUAGGCCUAUGACUCCUUUCCAUUCGGAAACUCCCGGUUGCCGCAUCGCAAGUGCCCUUCAUCGCGAAGUCUGCCUCUGCAACGUGCUGUCUACAGAUCCUGCUAGCUCAAGCUGACACGUCCUUCCUUUUCCGGACAUGGAGCCACUUCUUCAAAAGUUGUGGGUCCUCGGGCAGCCGAUGGUAGCUUACCGAGGGAUUUUUUUUGGAGCCAAUUCCUACAGCCUGGCGCUAUACAGUUCAUGUUUGAAUUACUACUUGUUGUUACCAUCUUCACACCUAAUCUCACUCUCUUCGAUUCACUCUUCGCACGAAAACUUAAUAUGUCUAGGGAAGAGGGCUGUGCUCCUUCAGCAGAUGGAGAGUCGAUUUGAGCAACAGAAGAGCAAGAGAAGGCAGCAGGUGAAGCUGUCACAAGCUGCACAUGAGAGAAACGCCCAGCUCCUCCAGGACUUGCAGAAAAUGGAGAAUCGUCUCAGAACAAGAAAACUCCCACACCCUGACAUCCUCAGUUUGGAGACUCGUUACUGGGCAUCAGUUGAGGAGAAGAUCCCAGAAUGGGAGCGCUUCCUCCUGGGUAAGGGCCCACAUCCUAGCAGUGACCCUAGCAGAACACCUAAACAACGAAAACAGAAAACUACACCCAGAGACCAUGCCCCCACACAAGAUGGGGCUCUGCCUCCUCAUCCUAUACUGAAACAUGUCAAAUGACCUGAAGUGGACAAUCUGGCUUUUGACUUAAUCUUAUGUGAUCAACAUGGAGUGAAGGAAAAACUAAAAUCAGUUGACAAUUACACUGUAUAUUGAGGUUAUUGUGAGUGUCUGAGGUAAAUGCUCUUUUUUUAUAUAGGCCAUAUUUAGUCUCAUAUGGGCUGUUUUCCUAUGAGAAUAACAGUAUUCUUAGCACCAACAUUAUUGAGUAGGCAUCAUGUUGAUUUCCAUUGUUUACACUGCAGCUCCUUUUUGUGCUCAGCCAUUUUGAUGUCUCAGGGUGAAGCUCAGAUUUAGCCUAUUACCCCUCAGUCUACAGAAUUGCUGCUCUUGAUUGCAAUGUUUACAAGCAAUGCUCACACUUUCAGUGUGAUGGUAUUGCCUGUAACACUUUAUGGUAAUCCCAUCCCAUCAGAAUUCUAUUUGAAACAGAAUAUGGUGUCUUUGAAUUCAUGGUUCAUAUCUGCCCACUAGGGGGAGGUAGCACCAUAGAUUUGGAUAACAAUGGCAAAUUCCUUCAGUUAGUUAGACUCAGGUCAUUCACUUCAUCUGUCACUGAGCAAUGAUUUAAUCAAAUUUGCUCUUAUUUAUUUGCAUGUAUUGUCUGUAUACUAGCUAUGUUCUUUUCUUAUGUGUACAUUAAAGCACUUUUUUUUCAUAUACUGUAAUAUCUUUUAGGCGUAACAAGCAAUGUGCAUAUGUAAACAAUCAUUUUUUUUAUUAUUCACAUUCUUCAUCUAUAUAUUCCAUUCACUGCAAAUGUACUUUUUUACUUAAUAAAUCAUUAUAGUUUAGCUUAUUAGUCCAUUAAAAAGCAUGAGCUGACACACACCUAACUUUGUAGAGUUGACUAACAAAUAAUAAACUAUACAAAUAAAAUGUUGCACACUAUAUACACACCCAACAAUUAAAUAUGUUUAUUCAUUAAAA